AUGUCGUUCUUCUCUCACCACCAUCUCCAGCAGCCAAACCCGCAGCAGGCGCCGCCGCCGCAUCAGCAGCAGCCGGUGCUUCCUUCCUUCAGGAACGCGCUACCGGUGCCUGUGGAUGGCCAGAUCCCAGCGCCCCUCACCUUCUUCAACCCGCCGCCUGCCUUCCCGGAGCAGCCCGCGCAGGCACCGCUGGUGGAUGCGAUGGGGCUGACGGCAGCUGCGGGGCUCGGGUGGAGGCAGCCGAGGGAGCAGGAACUGCUUGGGGAAAACUCCCAGAUGUCAUCCAUCGAUUUUCUGCAAACGGGCUCGGCAGUGUCGACGGGGCUGGCGCUGUCUCUGGAGGACCGGCGCCACGGCAGUGGCGGGGCUGGGAACUCCUCCGGCGAUUCACCGCUGCUCCUGCUGCCUAUGCUGGACGAUGACAUCUCACGCGAGGUCCAGCGGCUUGACGCUGAUAUGGACCGCUUCAUUAAAGCUCAGAGUGAACGGCUGAGGCAAUCUAUACUGGAGAAAGUUCAGGCAAAGCAAUUUGAGGCACUGGCCUCAGUUGAGGACAAGAUACUCAGAAAAAUACGGGAUAAAGAGGCAGAAGUGGAGACCAUCAACAAAAGGAACUCUGAACUAGAGGACCAGAUUAAGCAUUUGGGAGUGGAAGUUGGUGCUUGGCAGCAAAGGGCCAAGUACAACGAGAGCAUGAUCAAUGCACUCAAGUACAACUUGGAACAGGUAUGUGCUCAUCAGAGCAAGGAUUUCAAGGAAGGCUGCGGCGAUAGUGAGGUAGAUGACACGGCGUCCUGUCGCAAUGGUGGUGCUGUCAAUUUGCAACUGACGCCGAAGGAGAACAGACAACAGAAGGAUUUGACGGCUUGCAGGGUCUGUAAAUCAAGUGGGGCAUGCAUGCUCUUGCUGCCUUGUCGGCAUCUUUGUCUAUGCAAGGAGUGCGAGAGCAAGCUGAGCUUAUGCCCCCUGUGCCAGUCAUCCAAGAUACUUGGCAUGGAGAUAUAUUAUGCGUAG